CUAUUCAGGGAAAGAUAGGCGCCACCAUUUCUUCCAUGGUCAUGACAUGUAUGAUACAUGUGUUGACAUUAUCAUGCUAAUUCACAUGAGAGCAUGGAAACGAAAACAAACAAAUAAACGGAAGUUUCUCGAUUAAAAGACGUAACGUAGUACCUUCUAGCGUUUUCCUUUCCUUUUCCUUCCUCCUUUCUCUCUCUUCCCCCCUUUUCCCCUCUUUCAUUCCAUUUUCUCUCUCCUUCAUAAAUUCUCACGAGAACCUUCUAGAAAUACUCUCAUCGUUCCUCCAUCCCUUCCCUCCUUCCACUUUCUCCCUCCUCUCUCUUCCUGGCUCACCUUCCAGCGAUGCCUAUCAUGAACCCUCCCAAAAGCACCACUUUCAGGUAAAUUUUUACGAGUUAACCUCAUCUCAAGGUUGUAUUUUUCGGGCUUUUCUGGCUUGUCUUAUAUGGCUCCGCCGCCGGUGGAUCACAACGGCGAGUCCACGGCCGGUGACACCCAGAGAUCUAUCCCAACGCCGUUCCUUUCCAAAACGUAUCAGCUCGUCGACGAUCACAUCAUAGACGAUGUGAUUUCCUGGAACCAAGACGGAUCUACUUUCAUCGUUUGGAACCCUACCGAAUUCGCCAGAGAUUUGCUUCCUAAAUAUUUUAAGCACAACAACUUCUCCAGCUUUGUUCGCCAACUCAACACCUAUGGAUUCAGAAAGGUUGUGCCUGAUCGGUGGGAAUUCUCGAACGAGUGUUUCCGCAGAGGCGAGAAACGACUUCUGUGCGAAAUACAACGACGGAAGAUUUCAACGCCUUCGACGCCGACAACGACGUCCCCGGCAGCGAAGGCCGGAGCCACUGCGACUGUGGCGGUGCCGGGGCCGGUGUCGUUGACUUCUAUACCGACGGCGAUGCCGAUCAUCUCGCCAUCAACCUCAGACGAGGAGCAGGUGAUUUCGUCGAGUUCGCCGUCCUCGAAAGCUCCGGCCGAGCUCAUAGACGAGAACGACAGGCUGCGAAAAGAGAACGUGCAGCUGUCGAAGGAAUUAGCGGACAUGAGAUCUCUCUGUAACAAUAUUUUCUCUCUAUUAUCUAACUACGCCAACAACCAAAUCGAUGGCGCUCUGCAAGGAAAAGACACCGUGAAACCGUUGGAUUUAAUGCCAUCGAAACGGAACUCCGGGGAGGAGGAGCCGCCAUCGGUGGAAGAGUUAAAUCCGAAGCUGUUUGGGGUGGCGAUUGGUGCGAAGAGAGCGAGGGAAGCGAGCGGGGGAGCGGAGGAGGAGGACACACUGCUAAGCUUGCAUCAGCCGGGGCCAGCGGAGGUGAAAUCUGAGCCGUUGGAUUGUCAGAACCAUCGAGAGAACCAGGAGACGCCGUGGUUCAAUCAUUGCGACAGAGCAAAUAGUGUGUGUAAUUAGCACACACCAGUGAGGGAAUACGGUUAGAUUAGAAUAGGAACGGCGCAGAGAAUCCGAGUCCCCACAAACGGAGACGCACGUACGAGCCAAGGGUCACGUGCGCGGGGACCGAUUCCGAGAAGCUUCUCAGAGGCGCAUUCACAAGAGUCUGCUUCUUUGAAAGAAAAUUAGAAAACGAUACCCUCUCUCUCUCUCUCUUCUUUCUGUAGUUAACUAUUUUGUUUUUUCUAUUUUUGCAUUGAAUUGAACUUUUUAUGUAGAUCCAUAUUUUUAUUUAAAUUCGUCGCCCCAAGUAAGUGAAAUACAUGUGCGAUGUGCCCUUUUUAUUU